AUGGGAAAGAUCACUAGAGUAAGAACCGGCUGUUGGACAUGUAAAAAAAGGCACAGAAAAUGUGACGAAGCAAAACCAUCUUGUAACAAUUGCAUAAAAACGAAUAGGCCAUGUGAAGGAUAUGAUUUACGUCUCUCAUUUGAUGUGGAUGAUAACAGAAAAAGACCCAAACAGAAAAGCGUCAUCAAUAAAGAUAGUUUCAAGGAGAAAUCAAUCGUACAUUCUCUAGAAAACUUGCAAGAACUGAAAAAACUCUCUUUUUCAGACAAAAGCGAACGAUCAGUCAUUUCUAAUUACGACCUAUCUGCUGAACUUGACAAUUUGGUCAAGAAUAAAGUGUUUUCUCCUCGUCCAUUUCAAAAUUUAGGAAUUAAAUCAUCUAGUAAUAACCUAGAUUUUUUUAGUUCAGAACUAUUUGAAGGAAUUGGCGUUUUGUUCGAUUCAAUCGACAGCAAGGAAAUAUCUGAUGAUGAAAAAGGUACUGCGCAGACUAAUUCUUCAAAUGUGCAAGCAUUGCCAAAAUUGGCUUCCAAUGAAAAGCCGAACAUACAAUCGAGUACAAUGUUAGACAUUUUGCCGAAUCAUGAAUUUGUCGAUUUCAAGGAUGCCAACUCAAACAAUAAUAAAUAUUCCGAGAUACAUCAUGAUCAAGAACUGGCUAUUUCUGGUUCUUUGAAUAGCUCAUCUCUCUAUUCUUUGUCCCACCAGGAAGAGAAUAUGCUAUUAAAACAUUUCUUUCAAAAGUUAUUGCCCUUGUUGGAUGCUCAUCCGGAAUCGCCAUGGCCUGACUUGGCGUUAAAGUAUUGUGAUUUUAAUAUAGCUCGAAGUUGUUUCAUAUCGUUAGCAUGUAUCCAUAUUUAUGAAUGCGGCCAAGGAGGAAAAGAAUAUUAUAAUAAAGGAAUGGCUCAUAUCAAUAAGACCAUGGAUUAUUUAAUUAAGUCUAUCAACUCAAAUGAAAAUGGUUUAUCGGGCCUUCACGACAGUACUGAGGCAAUUUCAAGUAGCAUUAAAAAGCAAGUUAGCGCUUUUGUCGUAUUGGUCCUUGUUAAUGUUCAUAUACUUUUUGCUGUCUUAGAGAAAGGCAAAAGUACAUGUUCAAGGUUUUUCUUCAAAGUUUUUGCAUCGAUUUGUCAAGAUCAAUUCCUCUACGAUAUCCUCAUGGAGAAUGAGAAAAAGGCAUCUUUGGUAGUGGUGUUGUCGUGGUAUGAUACUGUAAGUGCAAUCGUCUCACCUGAUUGUAGACUCCCAUUUUGUUCUCCAACUUGGUAUGGAUCUUCCAAAGAUACCAUUUCUACGUCAAAGAUGAUGGGCUGUCCGGGUGAAAUAUUCAAAGCUAUGUCAAAAGUAUGCUUUUUACGACAUGAUUUAAAAAAGCUCAUUAGGAAUAAUGACGUUAGUCUCUUGGAAGAUUAUGAAGAUAUCAAGCGCGAGCUUUUACAAUAUCGUGAUUAUGUGUCUCUCGACGGGAAAAACUACUCUCUUAGAUUGAAAGGUGCUCAGUGCUGGUCACUAGCGACAUACGCAUGUUUAAAUAGAACUACCAGAAUAGGCGACUGGGAGAAUAAUAUCCGUAAAAUAGUCGAAGAAUUCAUUGAUGUUUACGCCUCGAUGGACUCAAGGGCUCCUGUGGUGACUCAAAUGGUAUGGCCAGUUUAUGCAAUUGGUUGUGAAUGUAAGACUGAAUAUCAAAGAGAAAAGUUACUUUCUUUUAUGGAUACACUUUAUUCGACUGCUCAAAUGGGAACUUUAGUUUCUUUGAAGACAAUUGUACUUAGAGUUUGGGAAACGAAACUCACCCAAGAAGAGGUGUUAGAAGAAUGGCUAGAUGCUAAUAACGACUACUUACCUUUAUAG